AUGACUGAAUGGAAAAAAAUCUUUGCUGCCAUUCACAAGAACAACUCUUUUGUUUGGCCACAAUUAUGGGCUCUAGGUUGGGCUGCUGAUGCCAAGAGUAUGGCCAGAGAUGGUUUAAGAUACGACGGUGCUACUGACGGUGUUUACAGUAACGACCAAUACGGUAAAAUCGCCAAGGAAAACGACAUCAAGAUCCAUGGUUUGACUAAGGAUGAUAUCAAACAAUACAUUAAGGAUUAUGUUACGGCUGCUAAAAAGUGUAUUGCUGCAGGUGCUGAUGGUGUUGAAAUUCAUUCUGCCAAUGGUUAUUUGUUAAAUCAAUUUUUAGACAUUAACUCUAAUAAAAGAACUGAUGAAUACGGUGGUUCAAUUGAAAACAGAGCUAGAUUUCCAUUGGAAGUUGUUGAUGCAUUAAUCGAAGCUAUUGGUGCUGAAAAGGUUGGUAUCAGAUUUUCUCCAUAUGGUACUUUCAACGAUAUGGCUGGUGGUUCUAACCCAUUGGGUGUCGCUCAAUUUGCUUACAUCACUGGUGAAUUAGAAAAGAGAGCUAAAGCUGGUAACCGUCUUGCCUUUAUUCAUUUAGUCGAACCUCGUGUCACUAAUCCAUUCUUAACUGAAGGUCAAGGUGAAUACACUGAUGGUACCAAUGAUUUCGUGUACUCUAUCUGGAAAGGUGUUAUUAUCAGAGCCGGUAACCUUGCUUUACACCCAGAAGUUGCAAGAGAAUUCAUGAAAGACGAUGGAACCUUGCUAGGUUAUGGUAGAUUAUGGAUUGCUAACCCAGAUUUAGUUGACAGAUUAGAAAAAGGUUUGCCAUUAAACAAAUAUAACAGAGAUUUAUUCUACGCCAUGACUUCUGAAGGUUACUUUGAUUAUCCAACUUACGAUGAAGCUAUCAAGAUGGGUUGGGAUAAACAAUAA